UCCUCCUUACCACUGACUGACUCUAUAUAACUUGUCAGGGUGUAAUGGUCUGACUUUAGAGCGCAGUUCUUCCUUUUUAAUUAAAAAAAAAAGUUAUGUGAUGUUAUUUUUGUUAUGAGAUAUUUUGUGCGACUGAUUGAAAUCUUGAACUCGCACAUUUUGUUGAUAGUAUGUCAAGUACAUUAGAAAAUAAAAUUCUUAACUUACAAGAGCGUCUUAGGGUAGAAAAUGAAUCUCUACAAGGAGAUAGACAAUCAAAUGAAAAUACUUCAUGCACUGGUAUGCAAAAAUCCUCUGUUUCGAUUACAAGCCCUGCUCCUCGAAGACCUAGACAACUUGGAGAAAUGGGCACACCAACACGGAUUAGAAGGGUGUUGGAUUUACCAGUCUUACAAAUGCUACCGCCAAAGAUGUAUGAUAGUGAAUUUGAAUUGAAGCUACAAGAAAUUAUGAAAAUGAAUGGUAAUUUAAACAUAAAUGGACGAAAAUACCAAACAGAAAUGAGAGAUCUGGAGCAUUUAGGAGAACUAGGUAAUGGAACGUGUGGUCACGUAGUGAAAAUGAAGCAUAAACCUAGUGGUGUUGUAAUAGCUGUGAAACAAAUGCGUCGUUCUGGAAAUGCCGAAGAAAACAAGAGAAUUAUUAUGGAUCUUGAUGUUGUUUUAAAGUCACAUGAUUGUCCCUUCAUAGUGCAGUGCCUCGGAUGUUUUAUUACAGAAUCUGAUGUCUGGAUUUGCAUGGAACUUAUGACUACUUGCUUAGAUAAACUUCUCAAAAACGGUAGACAAGCAAUACCAGAAUGUUUUCUAGGAAAAGUAACUGUUUCAACUGUGAAGGCAUUAUCUUAUCUGAAGGAAAAACACGGUGUAAUUCAUAGGGAUGUGAAACCUAGUAAUAUUCUUUUGGAUGAUGAAGGAGGCGUCAAACUCUGUGAUUUUGGAAUAUCUGGUCGUUUAGUAGAUAGCAAAGCAAAAACUAGAAGUGCUGGAUGUGCAGCUUACAUGGCGCCUGAAAGAAUAGAUCCACCAGAUCCAACAAAGCCAGAUUAUGACAUAAGAGCUGAUGUAUGGAGCUUGGGUAUAACCUUAGUAGAAUUAGCAACUGGAGUAUUUCCUUAUCGUGACUGCAAGACUGAUUUCGAGGUAUUAAGUAGGGUGGUUCAAGAUGAUCCUCCAUCUCUUCCACUCGAUACUUCAUUUUCAAAGGAAUUCAGAAAUUUUGUUAAUUGUUGCCUUACCAAAAAUUAUAAACAUAGACCAAAGUAUCACAAACUUAUGGAACAUCCUUUUAUUAAAAAACACGACUUCACGCAGGAAGAAGAAACUAAUGUUACGAAUUCAACAGCAGAAUAUCAGUGGUUCAGCGAAGUUAUGAGUCAACUUGAUCCAAGGGUACCAGGAGGACCACAUCGGCCAACUGGUCAUAUCUCUUUGAAACAAACUGUGAGUUUGAAAGGAAAAAGUGAAACAUCUCAUUCAAGUAGCGUUACUAUUGAUUCACAAGAUAUGACUUGUUUACCUAAUCAUCAACGCUCAUUCAGCGAUAAUAUAGCUAAUUAUGUACCUUAUAGUCCAUAUGCUUUACGGCGAAAAGAGAGCAAACCUUUUUCACCUCAAACAAUUUGGGACAAUGGUGAUAUUAACGUACAACGUCCAGUUUCAUCAUAUAGAAAUUUUUUGGAACAAAAGAAUUUAACAUUCAAUAGAACUUCUAUUAGUAGUCAAAAUAGAGAUUUUGGAAGAACGCAUUCUUCCUACUCAAAUAAUACGGAACAACAAGAAUGCAGUGGAGAUCGAUGGCAAACUAGAAGAUCACAAAGUCCUCAUGUCAGAGAUUACUCACCUUGGCGUCGGGAAAAUGUAGAUCCUCCAGGUGUAAUUCCACCAGUUGUUGAAAAUGGACGACACUCUCCCUAUGUACAAAGUCGAUUAGAACAUAUUCCAGUGCCUCAGACACAUCUACAUUCUCAGGAUAUUUUUGGUAGUCCUAUGAUUAAUCGGAAACGAUACCCUUCAGAAAUAAAAACUCAGACUUUAUAUAAUUCACAUGCUUCUGAGUUAUUGAUAACGCGCUUAGGGCAUCACAUAAAACAGGAACCGCCAUCUACAAUUCCUCAGUUCCCUGUUUCUUCUAAAGAAUCUGCAAAGAAACGUUUGACUUCUUACGUAAGAUUAAGGUUGGGAAUUGAUCGAGUUCCUUCUCCAGAACCACCACCUAGAUUAAGCCGAGGAGAAUCUCCUUUACCUACUCGACGCCAUAUAAUAGAGCAGUCUUCUCCAUCUUUGAGUCGAAGGUAUGUUUCAUCUUUACCACCGCAGCCACCUCCUAGGAGGUUAUCUGAAAGUUGUUCUGUGCCUGGAAGUCCACAGCAUAUUAGAGCUUACGUUCGAUAUACUCCUGAACCUCAAAGAAGGCCACAUCCUUCAUAAUUUAUUAGUAACUUGUACAUUGCUCAUUGUUAACACCUUGUGAAGCUGAUUUUAAUUAAUUUUGUAAUAAUAAUCGCUUCUACGAAUGUUACAUAAAAAGUUCGUAAAACACAA